UCGGAGAAAAAAAAUAAAUAAAUAAAAACGGCUAAUUUAUUUCCUGUGCUCUGUCGCCCCCUUCAGGCGCAGAGCGGCAUCGCUACAAACGGCCACAAUAGGCAGUGGGAGUGGACAAGCCCGCAGCUCGGCGGUGCGUCUUCACGGGGUGAAUCGCUCCUGGUCGGUGCUGGUACCAUCCGUCGUUCGUCAAAAACGGGAGCCGCGCACUGGGAGGAAGGAUGUAUUGAUCCGUUCGCCCGCACACUGAGCGGCCCCUCAGCCCCAGCCCCCACCCGGCGGGUCCCUCCAUGCGUCACCCCCGGGAAUGGAUCAGGAAUCCGCUGCGGCGUCCUGGGCCAGUUUGAUCUCCCUGACCGAACAUGAGCAGAGGUACUACUCGGGUCUCCACGCUCUGUGCCAGGCUGACGCGCCGGGAAAGCUGUCGUCCAGCAAAGUGGCGGAGCUGUUCAAGGCGUCUCAGCUUCCUCCGGAAUCCCUGCAUAAGGUGACUGAGGUGUGUGGCGCGAAGCACCUGGGUUACUUCGGCACAGCCCAGUUCUACAUCGCCCUAAAGCUGCUGGCGGCCGCCCAGUCCGGUCUGCCCGUCCGCCUGGAGAGCGUAGCCGGCAAUCUACCUCUGCCCAGGUUCGCUGGGCUGAAGAAUGAGCCGGAGACCCGAUACGUCGCCUCCGACCCCCAGGGGGCGCCGCUUGGCUCUGCGACCUGGAACGCUGCGGACAGGAGCUCCUUCAGACACCUGGAGGCCAACGCAGACAAGAAGCCUGAGGCGUGGUCUCCACCUCGAUCGCCGUGCGGCUCGCCGCCUCGCUCUCCUCUGACGUAUCGCAGCUACCCAUACUCCAAGCAGAGGAACGGCGUGGACGCGCAGAUCGCCUACGACGGCAAACUCUCCUCGCGGUCGAUCGUGCAGCUGGAGCAGCACUCCUCGCCCAGCCACUAUGUGAACAAACCCGCUGCAGAACAUCCAGCCGUGGCUCAGGCUUCUUCUGCAGAGAGGCUCAACCAGCCGGCCACGCUGAGCUACUCCGACGACGACCCCUGGAGGAUGACAGCGGAACAGCUGGACUAUUACACCAACCAGUUUAAAACCCUCCAGCCCGACCUGGGAGCUCUGAUCUUAGGAGCCGUAGCGAAGAACUUCUUCACUAAAUCCAAACUGCCUAUCCCGGAGCUCUCCCACAUUUGGGAGCUGAGCGACGUGGAUCGGGACGGAGCGCUGACCUUCACCGAGUUCUGCAUAGCCUUUCACCUGAUUGUGGCCCGGAAGAACGGCUACCCGCUCCCGGAGAGCCUUCCCCCGACCCUGCAGCCGGCACUGGCCCAGCACGAAGAGGAGCGGAUCCCAGACACUCCCGAGAGUUCGGAGCCUCUGAUUGUCUUCGAGGAUGCGGAACCGCGGUCCUGUCAGGCAGUGAAGGAUCCAAGCAGCAUAGCAAGGCUUAACCCAACCCUAGCCUCAAGGAAACAAGAUCUGCAAGAGGAAUCCCUCAAUAAAGACGGCGGCGCGACGCAUUUGGGGUCGUCUCGAGGGAAGCCCACUCCACAGCUGGGAGCGUUUCCUGAGAAGCCGGAGCCGAUUCAGGAUUUAGACCCGCAGAUGAGAACAAAAACAAGACAAAGGUCGUACUCCAGCACUUCCAUCGACGACGCCAUAAAGAAGGCAGAGGAGCCGCCCACGCCUCCGCCCCGCCCUCAGAAGACCCACUCCAGGGCUUCCUCCCUGGACCUCAACAAGCUCUUCCAGCAGAGCGCUCCAGGGGUGAAAAGCGGAUGGCUGCUGCCUCCUCCAGCUCUGCCUCCCAGACCGUCGGGCUCACAGGUUCCUCAUUUCCUCAAGGUGUCGGAGCAAGCUUCCCAGAGUAAAGUUCAGCAGCCGAAUUUCGCCAACUUCAGUCACUUUAGAGAAGAGGAGGAGAGCGGCGUGAAGCUGGAAGAGCCCGGUCCGGCCUCCAGGUUUGGACUGAGUUCUGAAGACCUGGGAAGCACUUCCCAACAGGACGUCUCCGGCACGCCUCACGGUCAGGUGCCACAAAAGCCGAUUCGGAGGAAGUACCACCCGGAAAGCCAGAACCUGGAGGCCGGAGCUCCGCCUCCUGCCGUGCCGUUCCUACCGCCUGCCAAAACCAGCCAAAAGCUGCUGUCCCGACAGAAGAGGGAAAUCCAGAUGGCGAUCCGUAAGAACCGGGAGACCAACGCCGUGCUGCGGCGUCUCAACAGCGAGCUCCAGCAGCAGCUGAAGGUGGUUCACCAGGAGAGAGUCACCUUGGAGUCCCAGCUGGAGCUCCUGCGGCCCUUGGCCUCCACGUGACGGAGGGGAGCGGCGGGGGGCCCCGAGCCGGCGUCUGCGUCAAAACGCAUCGGCUCGGAUUCAGUUAAUGAGAGCAACGUUUUGAAGCUGAAGUUUGUGUUUUUCUUAUGAAGGCCAUGUAACUCUCAAAGGGCUCAGAUAUUUUAGAAGCAAAAAUCGAAUUGUCGACUUGACAAACAGGGAAUCCUUGUUUAAUCAGGAGCCUCUGAAACCAAUCCCUAUUGGAUUCAUCGACGUGAAGAAAAAUAAACAUUGUGAUUUUUUUCUUUCUUUUUUUCUGAAUCACUGUAUGUAAAAUAUGACGACUAAUUUAUUCUUUCCUUUCUCAUGUCCUGUUAGUUUCUUCAUGUGAACGUUUGCAGCACAAGUAGUAGUUUGCACACACUCCCUUGAGUCUGAAUGUUCUUUUCCUGUGAUGAUGUUUUUAAAUUUUACAGGGCGUCGCAUUAGUACCGGCAUACACAAUAUAAAGCAGAUAAAGGUGCUACAGAUUCCAUUUUCUGUCUUAAAAAUAUAAAUACAGCAGAAAAAGAUGUAGGCAAAAAAACAAAAACAAAAUACAAACCUUGAGCAUGUGAGACUAAAAUGCAGAAUGACACACUGAAGAAUGUUAACUGAUUUUCAUCAGUUCUGCACAAUUCACUUGAAAAGUUUCUGUUUUUGAUUUAAACCAUUGUCUUUUUUAAUCUAUUCUUGUAAUCUUUGAUCUUUGAUGCCAGUUUUACUGUCACUCCUGACGACGUUCCAAAUGCGCUCGAUGCGUUGGAGCCCACAGCUAAAGCGCGCUCUCCGCCAUUGGUUCUGUUUGGCUCACAGGACGGUGGGGGUGUUGAUGAGCUCCACGUCGGCAUGUCUGUUACUGCAUGUGUGCUAAGAUGUUGUGAACUGGUCUGUGAAAAUAACCUGAAGACAUGCACCGACAAGAUGCAAAUCAGAAAAGUCAAUAAAGAUGUCUAUUUUUAA